AUGGCUUAUUGUGUAAAGCUAGCCACGCAGGCAGCUGGGCGCUGGGAACGCAGCCUGCCACUCCUUCUACACAUGACUGUGGCCCUACUUAAUUUCACGGUGCCAGGAGAGGGAAAAGUGUGCAGGAUAGAAGUGAAGAGCUGUGAAGAGUCUGGUGUGAAGGGGCAUGCUUUCUGGAUGACUAAACUAGCUCAGACUCUUACAGAUUGGGAAGCUGAGGCAUUGGGAGCCCAGAACCUGCUCGGAAUGGCUGCCCACAACCCUGGCCUCAGUGGGAACCUGCCUUUAGCCUUUCAUCGCUGUAGUCUGGGGUUGUCUGUCCUCUUAAGACUCCCUAACUCUGUGCUCAAGACUCACCUCUGCCAGCCACACUACAGGAGGGUCAUCCCACCUCAGUUAAACAUCUCUAGAAAUGCCCCACAGACGUCCAACGGUGUGUCUCCUAGGGAAGAGAAGAAGUACGUGAAUCGAUACUGGAAAGAAAUCCGAGUGGGCGACUUCGUCCAUCUUCGCUGCAAUGAGAUCAUACCUGCGGACAUUCUGCUGCUGUCAUCCAGUGACCCUGACGGGCUGUGCCACAUCGAGACUGCUAACCUGGACGGAGAGACCAACCUGAAGCGGCGGCAAGUGGUCCGUGGCUUCUCGGAGCUGGUCUCAGAAUUCAACCCUUUAAUGUUCACGGGCGUAAUCGAGUGUGAGAAGCCAAACAACAACCUGAGUAGGUUUCGUGGCUGCAUCAUCCACAGCAAUGGGGAGAAGGCUGGGCUGCAUAAGGAAAACUUGCUGCUUCGAGGCUGCACCAUCAGGAACACAGAGGCGGUGGUUGGCAUUGUCAUCUAUGCAGGACAUGAAACCAAAGCCCUGCUGAACAAUAGCGGGCCCCGCUACAAGCGCAGCAAGCUUGAGAGACAAAUGAACUGUGAUGUCCUCUGGUGUGUCCUCCUCCUCGUCUGUAUGUCUCUGUUCUCAGCGGUUGGGCAUGGAUUGUGGGUACGGCGCUACCAAGAGAAGAAAGCGUUGUUUGAUGUUCCCGAGUCUGACGGCAGCUCUCUGUCCCCAGCCACGGCCGCUCUUUACUCCUUUUUGACGAUGAUAAUUGUUCUGCAGGUACUGAUCCCGAUCUCCUUGUACGUGUCAAUUGAAAUCGUCAAGGUGUGCCAAGUAUACUUCAUUAACCAAGAUAUAGAACUAUAUGACGAGGAGACAGACUCACAGAUGCAGUGCCGAGCUCUGAACAUUACGGAAGACUUAGGGCAGAUACAAUACAUCUUCUCAGACAAAACUGGCACUUUAACUGAGAACAAGAUGGUCUUCCGAAGAUGCACCGUGUCUGGCAUAGAAUAUGCUCACGAUGCCAACGCCCAGCGACUGGCCAGGUACCAAGAGGUGGACUCAGAAGAGGAGGAAAUGGUACCCAAGCUGGGUCCAUCCUCCCACCGUGGCAGCACCGGAAGCCACCAAAGCAUCCGUGCCACUCUCAAGAACCAGAGUAUGAAAUGCCACCGGCGCUCGGGCAGUCGGGCUGAGGCCAAGAGAGUCAGCAUGCUGUUGAAGCACACUGCCUUCAGUAGCCCCAUGGAGAAAGACAUCACGCCUGACCCCAAGCUGCUGGAGAAAGUGAGCGAGUGUGACAGGUACCUGGCCACUGCCAGGCACCAGGAGCAUCCUCUGGCCCACCUCUCACCUGAGCUCUCUGAUGUCUUUGACUUCUUCAUUGCACUGACCAUCUGCAACACAGUGGUGGUCACGUCUCCGGAUCAGCCACGGCAAAAGGUGAGAGUGAGGUCGGAGCUGAAGUCCCCAGUGAAGACGAUCGAAGAUUUCCUUCGUAGGUUCACACCCAGUCGCCUGGCUUCCGGUUGUAGCAGUAUCGGGAACCUAACCACCAGUAAGUCCAGCCACAAGUCUGGAUCUGGUUUCCUUCCCAGCCUGUCUCAGGACAGCAUGAUCCUCAGGCUGGAGGAGAAGCGAGGGCAAGUGGCACCGGCCAUUGCCAGCAAUGGCUAUAGCAGCCAGGCAGCUCAGGCAGAAGGCUGGACCCCAGACUGCAAUUCAGAGAAGUUCUCUGGGGAGCAGAUAAGUCUGGGGGAAGAGGAGUUGCGCUAUGAAGCUGAGAGCCCAGAUGAGGCUGCCCUGGUGUAUGCAGCCCGAGCCUACAGCUGCACACUGGUGGACCGUCGUCACGACCAGGUGUCCGUGGAGCUGCCCCACCUGGGCAGGCUCACCUUCGAGCUGCUGCACACGCUUGGCUUCGACUCCAUCCGCAAGAGGAUGUCAGUGGUGAUCCGACACCCGCUGACGGACGAGAUCAUCGUCUACACCAAGGGGGCCGAUUCGGUGAUUAUGGAUCUUUUGCUGCCGUGCUCCUCAGAUGACGCCAGAGGAAGGCACCAGAAAAAGAUCCGGAGUAAAACGCAGAAUUACCUCAACCUCUACGCCGUGGAAGGCCUGCGCACGUUGUGCAUUGCCAAGAGGGUUUUGAGCAAAGAAGAGUAUGCUUGCUGGUUGCAGAGCCACAUAGAGGCAGAGGCAUCUGUGGAAGGCCGUGAGGAGCUCCUCUUCCAGUCUGCGGUUCGCCUGGAGACAAACCUGUGCCUGCUGGGUGCCACUGGGAUAGAAGACCGCCUUCAGGACGGCGUUCCUGAAACCAUCGCUAAAUUACGACAGGCUGGCCUGCAGAUAUGGGUUCUCACGGGUGACAAACAAGAGACAGCCAUUAACAUUGCCUAUGCCUGCAAGCUGCUGGACCAUGAUGAGGAAGUCAUCACACUGAAUGCUGAUUCUCAGGAAGCCUGCGCAGCCCUUCUAGACCAAUACCUCCACUAUGUGCAAUCCAGAAUCUCCCAAAGCACCCCUGAGCAUACCGAAAUGAACGUGAGCGUGGGGUUCUCUUUCAACCCAGCCUGCACAUCCACCAGCUCCAGCCCCAGCUCUAGCCCCAGCCCCAGCCCAAGCCUUGUGAUUGAUGGCAGAAGUCUGGCCUACGCCCUUGAAAAAAGUCUAGAGGACAAAUUUCUCUUCCUGGCCAAGCAGUGUCGCUCUGUCCUCUGCUGCCGGUCAACGCCUUUGCAGAAGAGCAUGGUGAUAAAGCUGGUGAGAAGCAAGCUCAAGGCCAUGACCCUGGCCAUAGGUGAUGGAGCGAACGAUGUCAGCAUGAUCCAGGUGGCAGAUGUGGGCGUGGGGAUCUCAGGCCAGGAGGGCAUGCAGGCUGUGAUGGCCAGCGACUUUGCGGUGCCGAGGUUCCGAUACCUGGAGAGACUCUUACUCGUCCAUGGACACUGGUGCUACUCCAGACUGGCCAACAUGGUGCUAUAUUUCUUCUACAAGAACACAAUGUUUGUGGGCCUCUUAUUUUGGUUCCAGUUCUUCUGCGGCUUCUCCGCCUCCGCCAUGAUUGACCAGUGGUAUCUGAUAUUCUUUAAUCUGCUCUUCUCGUCACUUCCCCAGCUUGUGACUGGGGUGCUGGAUAGAGACGUUCCCGCUGACAUGUUGCUGAGAAAGCCACAGCUUUACAGGAGUGGCCAGAACAUGGAGGAGUACCGGCCACAAGCAUUCUGGUUAAACAUGGUGGAUGCCGCCUUCCAGAGCCUGGUGUGUUUCUUCAUUCCAUACCUGACGUACUAUGACUCGGAUGUGGAUGUGUUUACCUGGGGGACCCCUGUCACAACAAUAGCACUGUUCACCUUCCUUCUGCACCUGGGUAUUGAAACCAAAACCUGGACCUGGCUCAACUGGUUAGCCUGUGGCUUCAGUAUCUUCCUGUUUUUUUCCGUGGCUCUGAUUUACAACACCUCCUGUGCUAUCUGCUACCCUCCGUCUAACCCUUACUGGACCAUGCAGACAUUACUGGGUGACCCUCUGUUUUACUUGACUUCUCUCAUCACGCCCGUGGCUGCACUGCUGCCCAGAUUGUUUUUCAAAGCGCUCCAGGGGAGCCUUUUCCCCACCCAUCUCCAGCUGGCACGCCAGUCAUCCAAUAGCUCUUCUAACAAAUUCAGUGCUCCCAAAGAGACUUCUACUCAGGGACAGCCGCCUGGAGACUCAGAAACGGAGAUUUCGGAAAGGAAGACCCUGGGACCUUUCGAGUCCCUGCCCAAGGAUUGUGCCUCUCAAGCUUCCCAGUUUGCACAGCAGCUGGGCUGCUCCCCAGAGGCCAGUGGGGAGCCCAGCUCAGUGGAUGCGAACAUGCCAUUAAGAGAGAGCACCUUGUUAGGACUUGGCAUGCAGGCUUCCAGGCCAUCCGUGCCUGGGGAGGCUGUUUCAGAAGAGCGUCCUUGGGGCUCCAGGAGGAAGGCCACCAGUGCCAGCCAGAUGGCCCCCUUGUCACCACUCUUGACCCUGCCCAGCUUUGGCUCGCUCAACUGGAUUUCCUCCCUCUCGCUGUCCAGUGGGCUGGGAAGCGUCUUGCAAUUGUUCACAAGUAGUUUACAGAUGAGCAAGCAGGAUGGUGAAUUCCUGUCGAGUCCCCCGCAGCCAGCUCAGGACCUGCAUGGCUUACGGGGAAAAGUCACGGGCUCCUUGUAGCACCCCCUCCAAAUGGUCACAACUGAUUGUGGUGACAAAGAAAUCCUUGAAAUGGCCUUUUUUAUUAUGCAACAGAUGUUAAUGUUAUUUAUGUUUAUUUGCACAGAAGAGUUAUAGGAAGAUGUAUUUUUAAAAUGUUUCCAAGACAAAUAUAGGAAACCAGAGGUACCAAAAGAGAAAGUUUAUUUUUUUGAAGUUCUAAGUAGAGUUAUACUGAAGAAAAAUAAGAACAUAUGUCUCUACCUGUCUAUCCGCACAUAAAGGUGAAAGAAGAGUGGCCCUUGAAAUGUGUCUAGAUUCAUUUCUUCAUCGCAUUUUGUAAGAAAAAGCCAUGUGCUUUGUGUCUUCGGCACACAUGGCCCUUGCUCUCUGUGAGCAGAAAUACAUGUGCAACUGGGACAGCAAUCCCUGGGGUGGCUGUGGCGGGUGUGGACCCCAGGACCAGGAAGGAGGAAGGAAGACAGAGGGGAGGGAGGAUGUGUGACCUUUGAGACAGAUUCCUCUAUUGAUUUCCAGUGUUACCAACAGCGAAAGGAACGGGAAAGCUCAAGAAACAUUCAUG